GCGUUUUCGGGGGGAAUGGAGGCGAUCGGCAGUCAGCUGGGAAACGGGAGAGAUGCAAGCUCCUCCCCAAAUUCAAAGCAAGAGCUGCAGCCGUACCAGGGCUCCAAUACCCUGAAGCCCAACCAAGUGGGUGAGACCUCUCUGUACGGAGUGCCCAUCGUGUCCCUGGUCAUCGACGGGCAGGAGCGGCUGUGCCUGGCGCAGAUCUCCAACACUCUGCUCAAGAACUACAGCUACAAUGAGAUCCACAACCGGCGCGUGGCCCUGGGCAUCACCUGCGUGCAGUGCACGCCCGUGCAGCUGGAGAUCCUGCGGCGGGCCGGGGCCAUGCCCAUCUCGUCGCGCCGCUGCGGCAUGAUCACCAAGCGGGAGGCCGAGCGGCUCUGCAAGUCCUUCCUGGGCGAGCACAAGCCGCCCAAGCUGCCCGAGAACUUCGCCUUCGACGUGGUGCACGAGUGCGCCUGGGGCUCGCGGGGCAGCUUCAUCCCCGCCCGCUACAACAGCUCCCGCGCCAAGUGCAUCAAGUGCAGCUACUGCAGCAUGUACUUCUCCCCCAACAAGUUCAUCUUCCACUCGCACCGCACCCCGGACUCCAAAUACACGCAGCCCGACGCCGCCAACUUCAACUCGUGGCGCCGCCACCUCAAGCUCAGCGACAAGACGGCCACCGAGGAGCUGUCGCACGCCUGGGAGGAUGUCAAGGCCAUGUUCAACGGCGGCACCCGCAAGCGGACCUUCUCCCUGCAGGGCGCGGCCGGGGGCGGUCCCGGGGGGGGCUCUCCCGCCGCCAAGGCCCCGCUGCACCCCCCGCCGCCCGCCGGCCCCGAGCUGCCCCCCGCGCACAAGAGCCUCCGCUGCGGCGGGCAGGAGGCGCCGGGGGAGCGGGGAGCGCUGGGGCUGCCGUCGGGGCACGGCGGGGCGGCGGGGGGGCACGGCGGGGCCGGAGCUGUGCGGAGCUACCCGGUGAUCCCGGUGCCCAGCAAAGGCUUCGGGAUGCUGCAGAAGCUGCCGCCGCCGCUCUUCCCGCAUCCUUACGGCUUCCCGGCCGCCGCUUUCGGACUCUGCCCCAAGAAGCAGGAGGACGCGCUGGGCGGGGCGGGGGGCGGCGAGGCGGGGAAAGGCGGCGCGCUGCCUUCGGGGAUGUUCUGGGGACCCCCGCACCCCCCGCAGCCGGCCCAGCCGCCCCACCAGCCCGGCGCCGCCAAGGACGCGGCCGUGUACCCCUCGUUCCCCAUGUUCUGGCCGGCGGCCGGCAGCCUCCCCGUGCCGCCCUACCCGGCGCAGAGCCAGGCCAAAGCGGCGGCCACGGCCGUGGUGGUGGCGGCGGCGGCGGCGGCUGCGGCGGCGGCGGCGGAGCCGUCGGGGCGGCACGGCGAGCUGGAGGGCUCCGAGCCGUCGGGCAGCGGGCGGAGCAGCGCGACGCCCCAGGAAGGCUCCGGGGCGGACGGAGAGCGCUGUCCCAGCGCGCUGUCCAGGGCGGCCGGCGAAGAGGAGCGCUCCGGCGACGAGGCCCUGCUGGGCCCGCUGCCCCUGCCCAGGAAGGGCAGCUACCUGUCCGCCUUCCGCCCGGUGGUGAAGGACACCGAGAGCAUCGCCAAGCUCUACGGCACCCGCGAGGCGUACGGCGGGGCGGCGGCCCGAGCGCCCGGCUACCUCUCGCCGGACUUUCUCAGCGAGGGCAGCUCCAGCUACCGCUCGCUGUCCCCCGGGGGGGACACGGCCGAGGAGCCCGAGGUGGACGUGGAAUCCAACCGCUUCCCCGAGGACGACGAGGAGGAGACCGCCGCUCCCGCAGAGGAGCGAGAGCCGCCGCCGCCCCGACUGCUGCCCGCGCCCGAGGAGCCGCUCCCCGCGGCGGAGGGGCCGGAGGAGAAGGGGGCGAGGGGGCGGCGGAGGAGGGGACCCGGGGCCCCGACGGCAGCCCCGAGCGGAACAGCAACGGCGGCGCCUACGAGGUGCGGGGCCGGGGCCGGGGGGCACCUCGGGGUCGGCCCCGCGCCCUGACCCGCUGUUUUGUAGGUGUACGCGCCGGAGCGGGGGGAGCACCUGCAGCCUCUGAAAGCCGCCGCGUCCUUGGGAGCCGCCUUCCUCUGCACCCCUGAAGCGAAGGAGCAAGAUAAAGAAGACAAUCACUCGACAGCAGAGGAUUUAGAGACUAGAAAAUCCUAUCAGGACCAAAGGAGCGUCUCGCAUCCCAGCCCUGUAAAUACUGACAGAGGAGAAGAGCUCGGCAUGGAGGUGGCGGGGACGCAGUUGGUGGAAAAGGACAUCGAGAACUUGGCCCGAGACGAACUGCAAAAACUCGUCCUGGAGCAAAUGGAGCUGAGGAAGAAAUUGGAGAGGGACUUCCAGAGCCUGAAAGAUAACUUCCAGGACCAGAUGAAGAGGGAGCUGGCGUACCGCGAGGAGAUGGUGCAGCAGCUGCAGAUCGUCCGAGACACGCUGUGCAACGAGCUGGACCAGGAGAGGAAAGCGCGCUACGCCAUCCAACAGAAACUGAAAGAGGCCCACGACGCGCUGCAUCACUUCUCCUGCAAGAUGCUGACCCCGCGGCACUGCACGGGGAAUUGCUCCUUCAAACCGCCGCUGCUGCCCCAGUGACCCCCCCCGGACCCUCUCCAUUCCCCCCCCCGAAGCCAUGCGCCCCGCGGCGCGCCGCAGCCCAGGGCAGAGCCCACGCAAAGCCAUUUCCACGAGGAGCCACGUGUACAUAAGGGGACUCGGAGCUCGGCCCUCUCGGACUGGCAAUAGGGCGGGACCCCCCCGGGCCCCCCACCCCGCUCCGCGUCCUCCCCCCCCUCCCUGUGUGUCCGCUUCUUCCGCCCUCGUCCAGACUGGAAACAAACGUGGCUAUGUGCAAUGGAUAUAAAUGUACUGUGAUUCUCUUGGUACAGUAUUUGUUGGAUUUUUAUUUAUUUAUGAUGUAUAUUUAUUUCCCC